UCGAAAGUGGAAAUUCCUGCAAUAUUCAUUUUCAGGUCAUAACUUAAUAUCAAAAAUCGAGGACACAGCUCAAUUUCGAACAUGACAACGCCUUCCAAAUCUUCGAACAAGCGGUUUCGCGACAACGAAUCAGAAGUAGACGAGACGGGCUCUCAAAUCGAGAAACAAGUCAAUGCCACAGCUUCCACUUCGACUUCGAGGCCUGCCUUAUCUUCCCACGAGUCUGAAGGCUCGUCUGUUAUGAAGACUAAGAAAAAGAAAAAGGCUCAAACCCCUGGUAUUGUGUUCAUCUCGAGAGUGCCUCCUGGUAUGACUCCGCAGAAGAUAAGGCAUUUGAUGGGGCGUUGGGGAGAUAUUGGGAAAGUGUAUGCGCAACGGCGAGAUGCUCCUGGCGGUUAUAACCCAAACUCGGCAAAUCAGAAGAAACAAAAGCAUGCCAGCGCCAACUUUACUGAAGCCUGGGUAGAGUUUUUGGAUAAGUCCGUGGCGAAGACGGUAGCUUCGAUGUUGAAUGCGCAAGUAAUUGGUGGUAAGAAAGGCGAUAGAUGGAGAGAUGAUAUCUGGACCAUGAGAUACUUGAGUGGAUUCAAAUGGGAGAUGCUCGGUGAACAAAUCGCAUACGAAAGGCAAGCUCACCAGGCUCGCCUUCGAACUGAGAUCACUCGGGCCAAGACGGAGCAGAACGAGUACCUCAAGAACGUUGAGCUGGCCCGUACUCUGGAGAAACGUAAAGCAAAGAAGGCUGCUGCCGGUGGACCUUCGGAGAGUGCACCAAACCAGGAUGCUCACUCCAGGAGUUAUAAACAGAGGAACGUUGUGGAGAAACCCAAAACUCUGGAGGGCCAGGGAAUGGACGGGGUCUUGAAUAACAUCUUUGGAUAGAAGGGAGGAGUUGGAUCUAGGUAUUAAUAGGUUGUAUGUACUCUAACUUCGUUUUUGACAACUAGACUUUCUAGGUAAUAUUUAUUACACGUUCUCUCCUUUCGCUUGACCACCAAACGCUCGCUCAUAGCUUACCCUCACAUCGAACAUUUUGGCACCUUACGCCGUCCACACAUGUUUCAUCCAACCCCAGACACUUUUCACCCGCGGAGCUUCACUGACUCUCCAUCCGGAUACCUUGCCGUUUACAUGCCUUCAUGAAGCAUAGGUAAGAAAUUAUGAUGGAUACGGCCUCUACUAGGACAGUGGUACCGCUACAAUAAUGGAGGGUUUACAUUGAGAGUUACCAAACAGGGAAACUCGGAAUUGUAUGAUAACUUGCACGGAGUCGCGGAUCCGGACCGUAAGGCUAUCAGACUUCUCUUCACCCAAGUCGUAAACGAAGCGAUCACUCGCGAUGCGUCCCGAGUCCUGUUAUCUGAUGGCAGGCUAUGGCUUGUUUGCCGCCGCUUGGUUGAUACUUUCACUGAUGAUGUUAAACCCAAACGAUGCUUCAUAUUUUAGCCUUCUCCUUUAUUAGGCAACAAUGGGAUCAAUGUUGAUACACCUUCUGAUGCCCCCGAUUCGCCUCAGGUUCUGACUGAAUUGCCCUUAGGCCUCUGGUGCGCCUUAUCAUUCAAUGAUCCUCGGCCCAACAGCGAACAAUCGCCUCCCAAGCAACCUGCUAGCCCAGAUCCGCGUAGUAGUAGUAGCGCAGGAGAGGAUAGGUCUUAAUCAAAGAAGAUUGCAAGUUAAGGGGGAAUUGGUGCAUGCUGGUAACAAAGUCUAUCGACUCGGUCUUAUAUAUCUUGUCUAUUCUCGUCCGUCCAGCGAAGCUCGCACUACGAAC